AUGUCGACUACAGAGAGCGUCUCGAGCUCUGCGUCUGCUGAUCCAAACAUCAAAGCAUACAAUCCGGAUGAGGACUUCGAUGUCGAAGAACAAAAUCCAACCGAACGUCUUACCACUCAAAUUUCUCACAUAUUGAACUCUCCAGAUGGUGUGCAAAGAGUGGAAUCCUUGGCUAGAGUUCUUUCCAGAAAGACCAAGGCCGAUCUUGACCAUUUUGAGGUCGAUCUCAAUGACUUUGAUUUGAGACUUCUCUUGAAGUAUCUUAGAGAAAAGUCAUUGGAACAGGGAAUUGAGUCCACCUCAGCCGGUGUGGCAUUCAAAGACCUCACUGCAAUUGGUGUUGAUGCUUCCGCUGCCUAUGGUCCAUCCGUGGAGGAAAUGGUCAGAGGCUGGUUCAGCGCACCCAAGAAAUUGUUCAAGAAAGACGCCACCCCUCACAGAGAGAUUAUCAGAAACUUCAUUGGUGUCGUAGAGUCCGGUGAAAUGUGUCUUGCUAUUGGAAGACCAGGUGCCGGUUGUUCUACUCUUUUGAAAUGUUGUGCAGGUGAGACCGAGCAACUUGUUGCCGUUGAGGGUGAAAUCAAUUACGACGGUAUUCUACAAGAGGAGAUGAUGAAGCAUUUCAAGGGCUAUGUCAUUUAUAACCCAGAGCUUGACUUUCACUUCCCAAAGAUCACUGUCAAGCAAACUAUUGAUUUUGCAUUGAAGACCAAGACUCCAGCAAAGAGAAUUGACAACUUGAGCAGAUCCGAGUAUGUUGACAAUAUGAGAGAUCUUUGGUGUACCGUCUUUGGUAUCAGACACACCUACAACACCAAAGUUGGAAACGACUUCGUUCGUGGUGUUUCUGGAGGUGAGAGAAAGAGAGUGUCCCUGGUGGAAGCUUUGGCCAUGGGAGCGUCAUUGUACAGUUUCGACAAUGCCACCAGAGGUUUGGAUGCUUCCACUGCUUUGGAAUUUGCUCAAUGUUUGAGAACUGCUACCAAUAUGUUGAACAGUUCUGCCCUUGUUGCCAUUUACCAGGCUGGUGAGAACAUUUAUGAGCUGUUCGACAAGGUCACUGUCAUCUACCUGGGUAGACAGGUAUACUUCGGUCCUGCCAACAAGGCAAGACAGUACUUUGAGAAGAUGGGCUGGGAGAAACCACCACGUAUGACUACUCCUGAAUUCUUGACGUCUGUUACUGAUCCAAACGGUAGAUCGCCAAAGCCAGGUUAUGAGGGAAAAAUCCCAGAAUCUUCCGAAGAAUUUGAAACCUACUGGCUCAACUCUCCUGAAUACCAGGAAGCUCUUGCAAUGCAUGCUAAGUAUGUUCAGGAGCACCCUGCUGAGGAAACUAGACAAAGACUUGAAAUGGCCAACCACCAGAGAAAGCAAACUCUGCAGAGACAGCAAUCUCAGUUCGUGGUCAACUACUUUGCCCAAGUUUACUAUUUGAUUCAGAGAGGUUUCAACAGAACUACCGGAGACAUGACUUAUACCACUAUCUACUUGUCUUCGUUCUUGAUCAAAGGUUUGAUCAUUGGUUCUAUGUUCUACAAGAUCCCCACUGGUACCUCGGGUGCGUACUCUCGUGGUGGUAUUUUGUUCUAUUGUCUGGUGUUUGCUGCUGUCACUUCCUUGGCAGAAAUUUCUCACUCUUUUGCUCACAGAAACAUUCUCGUUAAGCAAAAGAGUUAUUCCAUGUACCACUUGUCUGGUGAAGCUUUGCAAGAGAUCAUCACUGAGAUUCCAACUAAGUUCGUUGCGAUUGUCAUUUUGGCCUUGACUACAUACUGGAUGCCACAUUUGAAGCAUGAGGCUGGAGCAUUUUUCAUGUUCUUUAUAUUCCUGUUCUUGGUCCAGCAAUGUAUGUCGUUUAUCUUCAAGCUAGUUGCUACUGUGACAAGAGAUGGUGGUACUGCUCAUGCCUUUGCUGGUCUUUGGGUUCUUAUGUUGUGUGUCUACUCUGGUUUCAUCAUUCCACUUCCAAGCAUGCACCACUGGAUCAAAUGGAUUAAUUGGCUGAACCCUAUGAGAUAUGGAUAUGAAAGUUUGAUUGCCACGGAAUUUCACGGAAGAAAAAUGCCUUGUGAUGCUCUUAUUCCUAAUGGUGUUGGUUACGAGGACGUUUCUCUUGCCAACCAAAUCUGUCAGUUCACUGGUGCUGUUGCUGGUCAAGACUGGGUUUCGGGAGAUGCUUUCAUUACUGCCCACUACAAUUUCAGAUACUCUCAUACCUGGAGAAACUUUGGUAUCAACAUUGCUUGGACUGCAGCAUUCAUUGGUUUGAAUGUUUUCCUAUCUGAAUUCAUCAAGAACGUUGAGGGUGGUGGAGACAUGCUUUUGUAUAAGCGUGGCCAUCUUCCUGAACUUGGAAGCGAGGCUGUUGACGGUAAGGUGGCAUCUCGUGAGGAAAUGAUGGAAGUCUUGAACGGACCAGGUGUUGAUCUUCAAAAGGUGAUUGCCGAGGCAGAUGUGUUCUCCUGGAAGAACCUCGAUUAUAUCAUUCCAUACGACGGUGCUACCAGACAACUUUUGGAUAACAUCCAAGGUUUCGUUAAGCCAGGAACCAUGACCGCCUUGAUGGGUGAGUCUGGUGCUGGUAAAACUACUCUUCUUAACGUUCUGGCUCAAAGAAUCAACUUCGGUGUGAUCACCGGUGAUAUGUUGGUCAAUGGUCAUCCUGUCGAUUUGUCUUUCAAGAGAAGAACUGGUUACGUUCAACAGCAAGAUUUGCAUUUGGCUGAGUACUCUGUUAGAGAGUCCUUGAGAUUUGCUGCUGAGUUGAGACAACCUGCUCACGUUCCACAAUCCGAGAAGUACGAGUAUGUCGAGAAGAUUAUCAAUCUUUUGGGUAUGCAAAACUACGCUGAAGCCAUUGUUGGUAAGAUCGGAAGAGGUCUCAACGUGGAACAGAGAAAGAAGCUUUCUAUCGGUGUCGAGUUGGUUGCUAAGCCAUCUCUUCUGUUGUUCUUGGAUGAGCCCACCUCUGGUUUGGACUCCCAAUCUGCUUGGUCUAUUGUGCAGUUUUUGAGAGCCUUGGCUGAUUCUGGUCAGGCAAUCUUGUGUACUAUUCACCAGCCUUCAGCUACUUUGUUCGAAGUUUUUGACAGACUUUUGCUUUUGAAGAAGGGUGGUAAGACUGUCUACUUUGGUGAUAUUGGUCCACACUCGCGUGAUCUUUUGCAGUACUUUGAAAGACAAUCCGGUGUCAAGUGUGGUGACUCUGAGAACCCAGCUGAAUACAUUUUGAACUGUAUUGGUGCUGGUGCCACUGCUAGUGUUGAUGCUGAUUGGCAUGAACUCUGGAUUAACUCUCCAGAAUUCCAGGUGGUCAACGAAGAGAUUGAUAAGCUUCAUCGUGAAUUGCCUCUUAGACCUAUCCCUGAGAAUGCCGAUACUUUGCAAUCCAAGUAUGCCGCUCCUUACUUGACCCAAUUCAGAUGUGUGAUUUCCCGUACCAACCUUCAAUUUUGGCGUUCUCCUAUCUACAUCAGAGCCAAGUUCCUCGAGUCCAUCAUGUGUGCUUUGUUCGUCGGUCUUUCGUAUGUUGGUGUUGAUCAUUCCGUUGCAGGUGCCCAAGAGAGUUUCUCGUCCACUUUCAUGCUUCUGUUGAUUUCUUUGGCUAUGAUUAACCAGUUGCACGUCUUUGCCUAUGAUACUCGUGAAAUUUUCGAAGUCAGAGAAGCUUUGUCCAACACCUUCCACUGGAGUUGUUUGCUUUUGGCUCAUACUUUCUUGGAGAUCAUUUGGUCAAUGGCUUGUAUGUUCAUGGUGUUCAUUGGUUUCUUCUUCCCACCACACUUCUCUGCAACUCCACACCAUGCCGGUUACUUCUUCUUCAUGCUUGUCAUUGUCUUCCCAAUCUACUUCUGUUCCUACGGUCUGUGGGUGCUUUACUUCUCUCCAAAUGUUCCUUCUGCUUCCAUGAUCAACUCCAAUCUUUUCGCUGGUCUCUUGCUGUUCUGCGGUAUUCUGCAACUCAAGGACUUGUCUCCAAGAUUCUGGGUGUUCAUGUACGUUGCUUCCCCAUUCACUUACUUUGUGCAGGCAUUUGUGGGACCAAUGGUUGAUAAUAGAAAGCUGAUUUGUGAGCCAAGUGAGCUCUCAAUUAUGGAUCCUCCAGAAGGAAAGACCUGCGGUGAAUAUCUCAACCAGUACGUCGAGCAAUCAGGAGGAUACCUUAACAACAGUGACGCUACCCGUGCCUGUGAGUACUGUCCAUACACUAAUCAAGCUGAGGUUGUGGCUAUGUACAACGUCAAGUGGAGUUACAGGUGGAGAAACUUUGGUAUUGCCUGGAUCUACAUUCUUUUCAACUUCGCUGCCAUGUUGCUGAGUUACUACUUUAUGAGAGUCAAGGUCUGGAGUUUGAAAUCCAUUUUGGAUUUCCAGAGCUGGUUCAGCGGUCCAAGAAAGGAGAGACACGAGCCAGCAAGCAAUCUUUUUGCUUCCCGCCCAGAAGACAAGAAGAUUGUUGGUAAGAAAGAGUAA